AGGGGUCGGAGGAAGAAGGUGGCUCACCUCUCACUUUUCUCUCCUCUAAAACCACAUUAACAUUCUGGAACUGAGACAACAAUUGACGAAACAAAACCACCCCUCUGAAACAAACAGAAAAAUGCAAUUUUCCUAUUUCAUGUUUUCCCUCUCAAAAUCCAACUUCUCUCCUGUUCGCCCCACCCUCCCUCCGUUUCGCUGCGGCAUCCGCGAGCUCCGCCAACGAAUCCACACCGUCCAGACCACCCAAAAGAUCACCGAAGCUAUGAAGCUCGUCGCCGCCGCUAGGGUCCGCCGCGCUCAGGAGGCCGUCGUCAACGGCCGCCCCUUUGCCUCAAACCUCGCAGAAAUGCUGAACGACAUCACCCAGCGCCUAAAAAGCGACGACGUUUCCACCCCCCUCACUGAUGCCAGACCCGUCAAGACCGUCGCCCUCGUCGUUUUCACCGGCGACCGCGGCCUCUGCGGCGGUUUCAACAAAUGGGUAAUAAAAAAAGCCGUGACCCGAAUCGAGGAGCUGAAGAAACUCAAUCUGGAGUGCGUUGUUAUAAGUGUCGGCAAAAAGGGUAACUCGUAUUUUACUCACAACAAUGAAAGGAAACACCCUUUUGUUAAAGUCGACAGCUUUAUCGAAAUUGGAGGUUUUCCCACAGCAAAGGAGGCUCAGGUCAUUGCUGAUGAUGUUUUCUCAUUGUUUGUUAGUGAGGAGGUGGAUAGAGUCGAACUUGUGUACACUAGGUUUGUUUCACUGGUUAGGUUUGAACCUGUGGUUCAGACUUUGCUGCCUCUGGGGGAGGUUUAUGAUGUGAAAGAUGAUGUUUUUAGGUUGAGUUCUAAGGAGGGGAAGCUGGCUGUGGAGAGGGAUGUUGUGAGGUUGAGGAAAGAGGGUGAGGUGUUUUCCCCUCUUAUGGAGUUUGAGCAGGAUCCUGUUCUCAUUCUUGAUGCCAUGUUACCUCUUUAUUUGAAUAGUCAGAUUUUGAGGGCGUUGCAGGAGUCUGUAGCUAGUGAGCUUGCUGCUAGGAUGGGGGCCAUGGCUUCUGCUACCGAUAACGCUGUUGAAUUGAGUAAAAGACUUUCGGUUGAAUACAACCGGGAGCGGCAGGCGAAGAUCACAGGGGAGUUGCUGGAGAUUGUGGCUGGAGCCGAGGCUCUUACACCAAUUGACUUAUGAAUGUCACUUGGUUUUGGUUUUCCUUUCAUGGGGUAUCAGUUGUUGGAGAUUGUGGCUGGAGCUGAGGUACUAACACUAAUUGACUGGUGAAUGUCACCUGGUUUUGGUUUCCCUUAUCGCUUGGAUCCUUUCUAGAUAAUUUGGAUCAGCCUCAAUUUGAGUAGUUGAAUUUGUCAUUGUAUAACAAUAAUGGAGAAGAGAGAAUUGGAUAUAGAAGAGAUUUCAGAUGGAGAUAUAAGUCUUUCAGGAGAGGUACCAUGUUAGAAGCACGAGAUAUGGGCAUUCUGAACCAGAUUAAAAGUUUCCCUACAAGAUUUCUCUUUGUUUGAGAUUUUGAUCAGACAUCACUCUUUCUCUACUCAGUGAUUGUUGAGUAAUGACAAACUUAACAGCUUAGAUCUCA